GAAUGUGUUAGCAUUUCAAGUACGUCACUUCCGGUUAUAUUAUGAGAAUAAAAAUUAGGAGCCGAUAUGUCAAAAUGUUAGUGUAGGUGCGCUGUUUUCCGCUCUUUACCACAUUCCUGAUUUAAUGAACACAUUUAGAUAAGAGUGAGUUUUUCUACCACAUCAAAGAUGAAGAAGAACAUGAAGGGACUGACUCUCCCGGGGGGAGAAACCACGCCGCCAGCACCUGGCCCUGCUGCAGGGGAUCAACUCGAUAAACCUAACAAUGAGAUCAGUGGGAUAGACCUACAGGAUUUACAACAGAGAGUGAAAGAAAUGGACAUCAAUGAACAACAGAGAGAAAGACUGGAAACAUUCCUGACCCAGAAACAACAAGUAGGAGAGCUGACCCAGGAAAACGACUUUGAGAAGCUGGGGGAACUCGGGGCAGGAAAUGGGGGUGUGGUCAUGAAGGUCAUUCACAAGCCCUCCGGGAUCAUCAUGGCCAGAAAGCUAAUCCAUUUAGAAAUCAAGCCAGCGGUCCGCAAGCAGAUUAUCCGAGAACUUAAAGUCCUACAUGAGUGUAACUCUCCGUUUAUUGUGGGGUUCUAUGGGGCGUUCUACAGCGAGGGAGAAAUCAGUAUCUGUAUGGAGUAUAUGGAUGGAGGAUCAUUAGAUCUGAUACUAAAGAAAGCUGGACGGAUUCCCGAACCAAUUCUAGGAAAAUUAACUGUGGCGGUUCUAAAAGGAUUAAGCUAUCUUAGAGAAAAACAUCAAAUCAUGCACAGAGAUGUAAAACCUUCCAAUAUAUUAGUAAAUUCAAGGGGUGAAAUAAAAAUAUGUGAUUUUGGAGUUAGUGGACAACUGAUUGAUUCCAUGGCCAAUUCCUUCGUCGGAACAAGGUCCUACAUGUCGCCGGAGCGACUACAAGGUACUCACUACUCGGUACAGUCAGACAUCUGGAGUCUGGGGCUGUCGCUGGUCGAGAUGGCCAUUGGUCGGUACCCCAUCCCUCCCCCCUCCCCCGAGGAUCUGGCCAGUAUAUUCGGGGAGAACGCAAUGGCAGAACACAUGGAAGCCGCUAAAACAGGCAAACCCCUCAAGGGGGUGAGGGCCAAGGAUGGGUGUCCCGGAGAUUUUCAGGUUCUUACGGGUGAUGGUCCUUUACCAAUGGCCAUCUUUGAGCUACUUGAGUACAUUGUAAAUGAGCCUCCCCCAACACUGCCCAAAGGAAAAUUCUCAGACCUAUUCAUAGACUUUGUUGAAAAAUGUUUGAAGAAGAAGCCAUCAGACAGGGCAGAUCUUCAAUCAUUAAUGAGCCACCCAUUUGUCACACGGUCAGAGGAGGAAGUCAUGGACAUUGGGAAUUGGGUGUGUAAGGUAAUGAACAUCAAGCCGGAGCAGAAGAAUAGUUAAGCACCAAGCAGCAUUCCAGGCCAGCCAUAUAUCUUAGUGGUUCUACCCCUCCAAUCAGUCAGGCAUACCGGAGUAACUUCAGUUAGAGCUUUGGAAAAUGUUUUAACUUGAAAUUGAUAAAUUCCAAACCUUUCCCUUCUCAGACGUGAUAAAUGUAUAAUGUAAUACUAUCAAUAGAAUAUUGUAAGCAAUAUUUACUUUUUUAAUGUAUAUGUACAAUAUCUGAAAGCUCUUCAACCAAUGGGCAUUACUCAAAUUGUAAGGAUUCUAUUUUACUGAUUAUAAAGAAAAUUUUCUACCUACGCAAGUUACUUCAGAAGCAAUGUAAAAUACAGUGAGAAUGAGUAAACUAUGGAUAGAUCUGACUCCAAUAGGACGAGUAUUUAGAUAUAGAGGAGGAGCAAUGUGUUCAUACCAUUUGUAUGUAGUCUAUUUAUUUAUAUGACCCUAUCACACAAACAUCAUGUAUUUUGAGCACAGAUUUCACAUUUAAGUAAUUUAUAUUUUUGGCUAUGAUAGUGUGAUUUUUAGAUUUUUUUUUUCUGAGAGUUUUCACUGAAGUUAGUGAGCUGUUGUGUAAUUGUCUAAAUGUGUGUUUUACAGAGAGGUAUAUCGUUAAGGUUAUCAAACAAGCUGACCUUGUUAUGGAUCUAAUAUAUGGAAUAAUAUUAUUUACCAUAAUCAUGUUAAUACAUAUAAACAUAUAGAAACAUAAAAAAAAAUUAUUAUUGUCUUUACUCUUAAGACUAUUGAGUUCAUUUAUGAUGAUCAUUAUGUUAGUAUACUUGAUGUCAGCUAGUAGUCUCCCUUGCACAUCUGAAUUAGAUGAAUUAGAAGGAAUUAAGCCUGCAUUUAUUCAGCAUUGUUAAUAUCAGAAAUGUUUUCAAAAAGCAAAGUGUUUACUCAUGAUGUCACAAGAUUGGGACUAAUUUAAUGAAUUUUAUCUGUGUGUAUAUGUACCAUUGAAAGAUUUAUUAAAAUUUUCU